AUGGGAUGCUUUUUUUCUCAUCAAAAAUAAUAUCAUGAGGAAUAAUAACGUAGAAUAUAGAAUGCUUAGAUUUUAUCAAAUGUUUUGUAGUAGCAAUAAAUUGGUUUUGCCUAAAAUUAAUAAUAGUUAUAACCUAACAUUGCUUAGUAAAAUAAGUAGAUCAACAAAGACUAAUAAUAAUUGAAGUAAAAGCAAUAGAAACGUUUAAAGAAUAAAGGGUUAAAUUACAUCGACUAUUUAAUUUAUAAUUUAAAUUAUGCUUAAAACAAAUAUUUUGCCUUCAAUAAUAUACAGAGCUAGCUAUACCAAUAAUUUAUUGAGCAGGAAUAUGAAUAGUUAUUAAUUGAUAAUAGCAGAUACAAAAAUGAUUUAAAUGUAAAGGUAGGAAUAGAAGCUUCAAAUUAAAUUAGGAAUAAAUAUAAUUUACUUGCAGAUACAAAAAUGAAUGAAUUGGAAUAAAAUAACAAUUUAUAACUUUUUAAGAAUUUAUUUAAAAAUGAAAAGUAGAAUUAUGCAAGCUCAAUCUUCUUUAAAAUUAGUAGUGUUAAAGUUCAUAGCGAAGAUAUAUUGAUAUUAGAGGAAGCUGGAAACAGUAAUCCAUAUAGUUUUAUAUGGGAGCCUUUAGUAAACCCAAAAAAUGAAAGAUUGAGUAGAGAAGUUAAUAUCACAGAAGAUGCUAAAGAUAUAUUAUUUAACAAAUAGCUAUUUGCUCUCUCUAAAGGUGUUGGCAGAUUUAUUAUUCACAAAUAAAGAUGGGGUUUCUUACUUGACAUUAAUUGUUGUUCCUCUUUUUAUGAGGGUGAAAUUAACUCUGCUUGGUAAUAGCUCUUGGAAACUUUCUACUUCUAGGAUAUUAUAAAAAGGUAUGCUUAAUAUGUUUCUGAUACGGAUGAUGAAGAUAAUAGACUUUAGUUAAGAGAAAUACCUAAUUCUUACGACGAUACUACUGUAAAUCCUUUACUUGUUACAUUUUAUGAUAACCUUUUUGAACACUAGAAGAAGGAAGUGGGAUGGAUGAGCAGUUUAGAGUUCAAUCCAUUUUUAACGUUUAAUAAUGAUUUAUAGUUCAUACCUUUAUUAGAUACUGGUUUCUUUUUCCAUCCUUCAAAUCCAAAGAAGCUGCUAAAAAAGCAUUAACUUAAAUCAAAGAAAUAUUACAUGCCUGGAGGAAUUUUAGCUAGUGAAAUAGGCAGUGGAAAAACUAUAACAGUUAUUGCAUUGACUACGAUAGGAUCAUAGCUUAAUGAUCCAUCUUUCAAAAAGUCUUGGGACUUACGUAAUUAAAUUAGCCAAGACGCCUUAAUGAGUAUGCCAGCUGGUGAUCGCUUUGAUAUUGAAUCUAAAGCAGAAGUUUAUAAUAAGUUAAAUAUCGCUUAUGAUGGAGUAUAUUUGCCUUCUUUAAUUAUUGUUACUAAAAACAUCCUCUAUUAAUGGUAACAAGAAUAUUAAUAAUUUGCUCCAAAUUUAAGAGUUUUGGUUGUUGAAGAUUGGUCAAAUUUCUAAAAUUUAAAAAUAAUAACCGUGAAUGGAACUUUAACUCAAAAAAGCUAUAACAUAUAUUAAGAUUACGAUAUCAUUUUAACUCAUAGAGCUGCUAUACAAGUUGUAUAAAUUGAAAAUCCUAAUCUCAAAACUCUUUUUAACGUACACUUUAACAGAGUUGUUUAUGAUGAGAUGCACGAAAUUUCUUAAACUCUAAUUAGUUCAAAAUAAAAUGAAGAAAGAAAAGAAUAAGAUUUAGAUUAAAUUGAUGUUUUUUUUAAAAAAAAUAUUGAGCAUUUCUUCCGUGCAAUUUAAAAUAUAAAAAGAAGAUUUAGCUGGGGAGUAACUGGCACACCAGAUAAUUUGAAUUUUUCUAAUGAUUCUUUUCCAAUGGUUUUUCUCUUAAAUCUCUGUGAGGAGUAUUAUACACUGAACUAGUAUGACUAGUUAUAAGACAGUUUUAUUAAAAAUAAUAUGAGAUCUAAUCCUAGGUCAGUACCUCUACCAGACCUAUAAAAGCAUAUUGAAUAAAUAUACAUGAAAUAAAUUCAAAAUAUUCUAGUUCAAGGAAAGAUGAGAUCUGUUUGUAAAGAUGAGAUUUAAGCCAGAGAAAUACUAAGUUUUUUCUCUUAAUAAUAUGAGUUUUUAGAAGAUUUGGAUGAAAAAUCUUUUCCUCAAGCAAUAAAAAUGAUUCGUGAGAUGCAAGAAUUGCAAUUAAGAAAAAUUAAUGAAUAAAUAAAAAUAGAAUCUGAUGCAAAAAAUAAAAAUAAUUUGAAAAUAAGAGCUGAAAUGCUUCUUAGUGAAGAUAAUUUUUACAAUGAUAUCAUAAAAAUCAUUUAGAAUUAACAGUUUGAGUGCAACAUAUGUUAUAAUUAGUGCUUUAGAGAUAAGCUUGUAGUAACAAAUUGCCUUCAUAAUUUCUGCUUUGAUUGCUUUGAGAGCUUAUGUAAAAGUCUCUCUGUACCAGAUUGUCCCUACUGUAAUUAGUAAAUUUCAAAGUAAACAGUGUUAAUACAUCCUGAAUUAAGUCAAAAAAAUUAGAGCAAGUUAGAAAAAUUUUUAGAUGACUUCCAUAAAAUUCCAUUUGAAGAUAAAGUGAUUGUAUUUACUUAAUUCCAUGAUUUAACAAAAAAGAUUUCAUAAAAGUUACAAAAAAUAGAUAUUCCUCAUGUAGUUUUACUGGGAGAACCUUCUGAAAUUAAUAUUCGUUUAAAUACCUUUAAAAAAGUACCAGAAGUUCGCAUUUUGAUAAUGAGUAUAGAAUAAGCUGCAAGUGGUAUUAAUCUGAUUGAAGCUAACCAUGUUAUAUUUAUGCACCCUAUAUUUGGGGUAUCUUAUGAAAAGUCUAGAAGUACAUAUGCCCAAUGCAUAGGAAGAGCAUUGAGAGUAGGAUAAUCCAAGCCCGUUCAUGCAACACUUUACUGCACAAAAAAUUCUAUCGAGCAGACUCUUAGUAAUUAAUUUACUUAAAAAAUUAAAUGA